GAUCGUUCAUCGUGCAUGACGUUGCUACAAGGUCAAACUUUUCUCUGUCGCUAAGGGCCACAGAAUAACUCUAGCGGUAAUUGGCCGUGUUUGUCGUGUACUUCACUAAGCUUUAUUACUAUUGGCUCGCUCUUACAUCGCCUAUCAUAGCUCGGUGGGUAGUGCAUGAACACUUCAGUCAACUUUGGCGGAUCGAGCAAGAUAGUAGUGUGUCUGUAGAACUCCGCGAUAUCUGGGAAAGAAUGUCACAUCAGACUGGAAUUAAAGCUAACGAUGCACUCAAGAAAGUAUUUGCAAAAUGUCGAGAUGGCAAAAUACGUGUCCUCAAAGUUUCUAUAGAGAAUGAGGAAUUAGUACCUGCUUCCUCUUCGAAGCCUGUUGGCAAAUGGCAAGAUGAUUAUGAUAAAAUGGUGAAACCACUAAUUGUUGAAAAUCAACCAGCUUAUAUUUUAUAUCGUCUUGAUUCAAAGUCUCCUGAUUCUGGAUAUGAUUGGUUAUUUAUCUCAUGGUCACCUGAUAUUGCACCAAUUAGACAGAAAAUGCUGUAUGCCUCAACCAAAGCUACCUUAAAACAAGAAUUUGGCACUGCAUCUAUAAAAGAAGAAUUGCACGGAACUGUUCCUGAGGACAUUACUUUGGAAGGAUACCGUAGGCAUAAGAGGAACGAUGCUGCACCAGCACCAUUAACUACGGCUGAGGAGGAGCUAGCAGAGCUCAAGAAAACUACUAUUAAUACGGACUAUAGUGUAGAGACAAGGCAUCAGACUUUAAGCGGCGUUGCUUUCCCUGUGACGGAUGAAGCAGAGCAAGCAAUCACUGACUUAGGCAAAGGACUUCACGAGUAUGUUCAAUUAAAAAUUGAUCUUGAGGAGGAGAAGAUACACUUGGUAAUGGCUUGUGAAGUUUCUUUGGACAAACUCCCAACAAAAGUACCAUCAGAUGCAGCCAGGUAUCAUCUCUACAACUUCAAGCACACUCACGAAGGCGAUUACAUAGAAAGUAUAGUAUUCAUAUACAGUAUGCCAGGGUAUAGCUGCAGUAUUAAAGAAAGGAUGCUGUAUUCCUCGUGCAAAGCACCUCUACUUGAUCUCAUUCAAUCUCUCGGAGUGAAUAUAACAAAAAAGUUGGAAGUAAAUAGCGGAGACGAGUUGGCAGACAUGUUGGAGGACCCUCCUACCAUAAAAGAAACAGCAGCCACGACACCCGCGACUCCGUCAACGCCUUCCGCUCCUAUUCAAUCAAUGCCUGAGAAAAAGUCGAAGCAGAAGCGUUCUUGCGUUCUGAGUUAACAGGUUCCUCCAAUCGAGGUUUACAAAACUUGCCAAUUUUGCAUUGCGUUCGCGGUAUCACGUAUAUAUGCAAAUUUCUUUUUAAAAAAUGUCGACAACACGAAGACAGCGUGUCCAUCGUACUAUGUCAUUUGCUUUUAUAUUAUGACUUUCUGGUUUCCCGUGAAUUCUUGUUAAAACAUUCAGUCUUUUAAAUGUUACGGAUUCUCUAUAGUUCAUCGCGUAGUUUUUAAAUGAAUUUUGAACGUAAGAGCUGAUGAUUAAACGUCGUUUAAUGACUUUUAGGAUUAGUCGUUCAAAGUGAUACGUAUACCUAUUUAGCUGAAGAGAGUAGACCAAAACGGUGUAUUUUUCUAAAUUUUAAAAAAACCAAAAUCGUCAAGUCAAAUUCUUAUCGGGUUCGACAUUAAAUUGUGAAUUAAUGAUAUUGAUGUGUGCCCUCUUUUUCUGAACAAAAGUAUAUAUGUAUAAUACGGCGUACCAUUAUAAAUUCGCGAUAUCCUAGUAAACGUUACAUGGUCAGUUGUCUCGUUUUACACUGAGAUUAAUAUUACAUUUUUUCCUCAAACUUAUCGCGUGCAACGCUAAUUUGUGGUCGAGCCUUUUCUUGUUGCUGGGUUUUCCCUUUUCUUAUUUUCGUUAAGCACACAAACUAUUUAGUACACGUUUGACGUGUCGAAUGGGUAAUUCUUUAAUCAAGAAACUAUAUUAUUAUUUGAAAUUAGACUUACUGCUACUAAUCACACUCUAUACCAUGUUCCUCUUUAGUAUGCAGCAUCAUUAACAAUUAAAAAACAUAUUUCUUAAUUUACACCAUAUCCGCGUACAUUACCUUCUACGCUGUGAAUUUGUAUCCUAUUAUUUUUUAAUUCAAAAUAUUAACAUCACACACCAAGUUGGCACAUUCAGUACAGCUGUAGCUGCAGCAGCACAAGCAGAUAGUCUUAAUUUAGGAUAAAAUAUCAUGGAAAGAGGAUAAAUCUCAGUAAUUUAAGUGAAAACUGAUAAGUAUCCAGCUCGUCGUUAUUAACAAUGAAAAAUCCAGCAGGGCAAGUCUUAAAUUAGUUCCUAGUCUUAUGCGAAGUGAUACGUACAUAUUAAGUUGCCCUCUAAUUUCUCAUUUUUAGGUGAUCAAAAAAAAUAGCCAAAAGGCUCGACCUGCAAUAGCGCGUCACAUAUGCACAUUUACGGUUUUAAUAAAUUAGGACGAAUUAUAUUGUUUAAUAACAAUGAAGUAUUUCUCGGCAGUUGGAUUGCCGUAUUGUGAUUAUUAGAGGAGUUAGGAAAGAAUUCCAUGCGCUCUAGCUAGCUAACGCCAAUAACCUAACUGCUCUGCAUUAUAUUCUAAUAAUUAAUUGAUAACGAUAAUAUACAUAUAUACAUAUAUAUGUAUAUUGUAAACGGGCAUGCGAGUUGACAUAUGCGCCGCUUUAAUGCAUCCCUUGUUAUAAUAUUUGCAAUUCUAUCUUGCAAUAAAACAUCUCAGAUUAGGAUGUCUUUUUUGUGGCGCAUUGUCACUUCUAUUGCAACUUAGUGUUAAUGAUUAUUACUUUAUAUAUACAUAUUGAAUAUAUAUUGAAUAAUAUCUAUAUGCAUAUGAUAUGUAUACAUAUAUGUAUAUAUAUAUAUAUAUAUAUAUAUAAUAUUAUAUUGCGAAUGAUAUAUAUAUGACAUAUUAAAAUUCACAAAAUAUAACGUAAGGCUGAACGUGGCGAGUCCCAUCGGCUUUAUAUUAGCUAAAUGCGAUUCGACAAAUUUCUCUUUGAAAUUUAAUGGGCAUUCGAGAUCGUAAAUAAUUGUACUGUUAUUUGUUUGAAUCUGUUUUCUUUUCCUUCGUUUUUUCCGUCGUACAGGUAAUCGCGUUUUUGCAGAGUGAACGUUUACGCAGAUGAGAUUUUUUUAAAUCUCCGCCCGUGUGCAUUUUUCUUGAUUGUAUGAUAUUCGCUGCUUUUUUCUUCUUGUUGCCGUUUAAUAUACAAUGACAUCACACGCACAUCCAAAUCAGGAGUUCGGAGCUUAUCGCGGAUGGGACCGCAACCACGUAGAUACCUGAAAGGAGGAAAAGAGGAGGAUAUUCGAGAGGCAUUCUAUUUUUCGUGAUGUGUAUUUUUUUAACUCUUGUAGCUUUUUAUAAAACUUUUGAGAAAUUUCUGUCCCAGUCACUUCUAGUAUAUUGAAGUUCACGAUCUUUGGCCUAUCAAUUAGACGUGCGUCGACGACAGGGAAGAGCGCGGAGCAAACUCUUGACACCGUAACAAUAGUCGUACGUUAUAUUUGUAUUUUGUCACUGUACAAUGAGCUAAGCUAAGUUCUUGCUUUUCUUUUUUUGUUCUUCCUUGAUCGAUUGUCUUUUGUUAUUUUAUUCGAAUAAAGUACGAGAGCGUAUAUGCUUAUCGAUGGAAGUACAUACAUGCAAUUACGAGUAUAGGGUAUCAGACUCGGUGGCAUAUUUACUGUUCUUGAUUUUUUAUUCAUAUUUAAUUGUGUUUAUUAAAAAUUCAAAAGUGAUUGAUGAGAGUCGUUUUUAUAUAUUUUGUAAUUUCACGUAGCGUUUCGUGUAAGCUUUUGAUUCGCCACUUCGCUGUCAGACGAUCCCACGCACGAUCAGGUUUUAAUGUACGAAUUUGUUUGAAACGCUCAAAGUCAUGGACAAAUUGAAUUUAAAAAAAGAAAUGAAAAAGAUAUUGUGUUCUGACGUAUAUAUUAUUGCGAGACGCACACUUUUGCCUGGGCACUAUUAUUAUUUAACAAUGAAGCGUUCAAGCGCCAGGCCUAUUCUGUAAGUUCUCGAUAAAUCUGAUGACUAAUUAUUUAUAAACGGUUCUGUUGUAAUUGUAGGUUCCUUAGUACGAACAAAUGAAUUGUAUAUCUUGCCAAUAUUAAAUAUACUAUGAACAAUAAAACCAUUAUACAAUUUCAA